AUGCUGGCCCAGCGCAGCGUGCGCUUCCCCAACGACGUCCUGUUCCUGGACCACGUCCGCCAGGGCGACCUGGAGCAGGUGGGGCGCUUCAUCCGGGCCCGGAAAGUGGCCCUGGACACCCUGUACCCCUCAGGCCUGGCCGCCCUGCACGAAGCAGUCCUGUCCGGGAACCUGGAGUGUGUGAAGCUGCUGGUCAAAUACGGGGCAGACAUCCACCAGCGCGACGAGACGGGCUGGACGCCCCUGCACAUCGCCUGCAGCGACGGGUACCCCGACAUCGCCAGGGACCUCCUCUCCCGGGGAUGUGGGAUGUGA